AUGUCUGAUACGGAUGAAAUUAUUGUUGAUCCACAUGCUAUAGCAAAUUUGACAAAGAAACCUUGUAAAAGUAUAUUAAAAUCCGGUAAAAGUCUUGAUGAUGCAAACAAUGAUCAGCAUCCACAAGAACAUCAACAAUGUUUAAGUGGAAUGACAAGAUCUGAAAGUAAAAGUCAUAAAAUUCCACAUUUUGACGAAAUGAAUAUAUUAGCAACAUAUCAUCCAGCUGAUAAAGAUUAUGGUCACAUGAAAAUUGAAGAACCCAAAACUCCAUUUAAUCGAGAUAUAGAAGAAGAAAUGGAAGUUGAACAAGGUGCAGUAGAUCCAACUACAUUGGCUAAUAGGCUCAAAGACACAUCAACAUCGUCAUCAACCAGUGUACAUUAUCAUCCAGAUAGUAUUAGAAGAGAAUCAUCUGCAAGUUCAGUCGAGGAUGAACAUGAAACGCCUGAAGAACGUGAACAUCGUCGUACUUUUGAGCAGAAGAGAAAACAACAUUACAAUGAAUUUGAAAUUGUUAGACAACGAAAAAAAGAGAUUGAUGAAGAAUUAAAAGCAAUUGAACAACUAGAACAAAGUAGUUCUAAUUCAAACAGUAGUACUACCAGUGAUGUAAAAUCCUCAAUUUUAUCAUCUCAUGCUUCAAAAGAUUCAGCAUCUUCAUCUGUUAUUCAUCAUGUGAGAACAGAUGGUACUGAAGAUCAUCCACUAACUGCCGAAGAAGAAGAACGAAAGAAAGUAUUUGAACAAAAACGAAAACAACAUUAUAACGAAUUUAAAGUGGCGAGAAUGAGAGAUAAUGAAGAUGAUGAAGCGGAAGAACAGAAAAGUUGA